UCCAUACAACUUCACUCAUAACCAAAACCUUCGAAGAGCAAAGCAGCAUACUUCUCUGCAACCUUAAAUUCUCUCUCUUUUUUCUCUUAGCAAACAAAUUUGUUUCAAAACCCUUUUGAUUUCUCUUAACCGAAGACUCUUUUUUUGAUAGCUUUGAUACCAUGGCUCCUCAUAUUACAACUGCCCUUGCUAACAGCACCAACUCUCUAGUCAAGCAAGCUAGCUUGUCGAGCUGUGCAUAUGUUACCUUUUUGGCUGGUGAUGGUGACUACUGGAAGGGUGUUGUGGGGUUAGCCAAGGGGCUGAGGAAGGCCAAGAGCAAGUAUCCUUUAGUGGUGGCUAUCUUGCCUGAUGUUCCUGAGGAGCAUCGGAUGAUACUUGUCUCUCAAGGGUGUAUAGUGAGGGAGAUCGAGCCUGUUCAUCCACCGGAGAACCAGACUCGGUUUGCUAUGCCUUAUUAUGUCAUCAACUACUCCAAACUUCGUAUCUGGGAGUUUGUUGAGUAUAGCAAGAUGAUAUAUUUGGACGGGGACAUCCAGGUAUUUGACAACAUAGACCACCUGUUCGACAUGCCUGAUGGUUACUUCUAUGCUGUGAUGGACUGUUUCUGUGAGAAAACAUGGAGCAACAGCCCUCAGUACAAGAUUGGUUACUGCCAGCAGUGUCCUGAUAAGGUCCAGUGGCCUGCUGAGAUGGGUCCUAAGCCCCCUCUGUACUUCAAUGCUGGCAUGUUUGUUUAUGAGCCCAACUUGUCCACUUAUCAUGAUCUGUUGGAGACCGUCAAAGUCACCUCCCCCACCCUCUUUGCUGAGCAGGACUUCUUGAACAUGUUUUUCAGGGAUGUUUACAAGCCAAUUCCUUCAGAUUACAACCUUGUACUGGCCAUGUUAUGGCGCCAUCCGGAGAACAUUAACCUUGACAGAGUGAAAGUUGUCCACUAUUGCGCUGCUGGGUCUAAGCCAUGGAGGUUCACAGGAAAAGAAGAGAACAUGGACAGAGAAGACAUCAAGAUGGUGGUCAACAAAUGGUGGGACAUUUACCAGGACGAAUCAUUGGACUACAAGAAUACUGUUGCUGCUGCUGCUGCUGCUUCUGCUGGAGCUGAACUGCAUCCAUUCUUGGCGGCUCUCUCUGAGGCUGGUGUUGUCCACUAUGUUACCGCCCCAUCCGCCGCUUAGUGCUUGUAAAUUGUGGAGCUACUAGUUUCAAUCAGUCCAAUUGUAGAGGAAAAACAACUUUUCUUUCAGCUCUUUUUGGUGGUUAACAUCCCCUGUAUUAUUAACUGGGAUGGGAUAUUGCUCUUUUGAAUUUUCUAGGAAGUUUACGAGGACCUUGUAUCCAUCCUUUAGUAAAUAAUAUGAACAAGUAUCUUCUUUGUAUACA